AUGCCAUCUGACAAUGAAACUUCAAUGAUGAAGAUUCGAAGGAAGCCAACAUGGAGGGAGAGAGAGAAUAACAAAAUGAGAGAAAGAAAAAGGAGAGCCAUAACAUCAAAUAUAUUCAAUGGACUUCGAACUCAAGGGAACUACAAUUUGUCGAAAAACUGUGACACCAAUGAAGUCCUCAAAGCUCUCUGCAACGAAGCUGGCUGGGAAGUCGAACCAGACGGAACCACCUAUCGCAAGGGAAAUUGCAAGGGUCCACUAUACAAUAAUGCAGGCCGUUUCUCUUACUCACCAAAACCAAGUCUUGUUUCUCCAUCUUUUCCAACUCCAAUUCCUUCAUACCAAUUGAAUCCUAUGUAUUUUCCUUCCGGGGUGAUGUCAAACACUGCCCCUGUGACACCUCCUGUCUACUCACAAACAUGGGAUUCCAUUUCCAAUUACCCUUUUGCUGCAUCUUCUACCCUAGGUAGCUCCAAACACCAAAAUAUGCAUACCCCAAUGAACUUCCAGCCUUUUGCACAAUCACCAUCCCAGGUUCCAUCUACUUCAUCCUUCAAAAUUUUUGGGGUUCACAUACAGCCUAGGAUUGAAAAAGAAAAUCAUGAAGAGAGGUUCAGUGAUUUGAAACUCACACUUGGAAUUGGGAAAGGAAGGAAUUAG